CAUUGGAAGCUUAGGUUGGGAAUCUCAAGAGCAAGGAGUACAAAAUGUGACAGUUAAGAUGGUUACCUUUACGAGUACUGAGAAUGGUGUGAGAGUAAAAACAUGGGCAAGACCUAGCAAUGGUUUUGUUAGAAAUGUUUUAUUUCAACAUAUUGUUAUGACUAAUGUUCAAAAUCCAAUAAUCAUAGAUCAAAAUUAUUGUCCUAAUCAUGAAAGUUGUCCUAAUCAGGGCUCAGGUGUAAAGAUAAGUGAUGUAACGUAUGAAGACAUACAUGGAACAUCAGCUACAGAAAUCGCGGUGAAAUUAGAUUGUAGCAAAACAAAUCCAUGUAGUGGAAUAACACUUGAAGAUGUGGAUCUUAGUUAUAAAAAUGGUAGAGCUGAAGCUUCAUGUGUUAAUGCUGGAGGAAGAGCUUCUGGUUUUGAAGAACUUAGUAGAUGCUUAUAA